GUCUAUACAUUCCAUCCCUGGAAAAACCAGUCCACCUCAACACUUGAUCCAUGUAACGUUCUAUAUGUGUCACUGUGGUGCGUAGUGUUUGCAUGUCGUUUUUUAUUAGUGUCUUCUUUGUAUCAAAUUUAUUCAUAAGUUUAGUUUAAACAUAUUUCUACUCUCAUAACGCGGAUGGGGCUUGGUAUAAUUCACCACUUUGGGACAAGCUCCAGAUUUUACUCAGCUGACUGUGUACUGUAGAGGACAGUAGGAAUAUGAACUAAAGCGAAAUGAUUUUCAAACUAGUCGCUGUCGGUGACGAAGGGGUUGGGAAGACCUGUCUCCUGUCUGCGUCCGAAGGUUCCUCUCUCCCUGCAGAGUACACUUCUACGGUGAUUGACACCUUCACUUCCGUAAUCAUGGUCCACGGCAAGCCUGUAACCCUGGGACUCUGGGACACGUCCGGGCAGGAAGACUUUGACCGGCUCCGCUCCCAGGCCUACUACCACACUGACGUGUUCCUUCUGUGUUUCGAUGUCAAGAACAGACAAUCCUUAGAGAACAUCUGUAACAAGUGGUACCAUGAAGUGGAAAUAAAAUGCCCUCAUACGGCAACAGUACUCGUUGGCUGCAAGGCAGACUUACGUAAAGGUGCCGGGGAUGAGACAGCAGUGUCCUACAAAGAAGGUUCUGCAUUAGCGAAGACCCUGAGGGUGAAUUACUACGAAACAUGUGCCCUGGCUUAUAAAACUAUUCUGCAAUGUUUCGAGGGAGCUAUCAAGUAUGGAUUAAAGAAUCUUGAAGCCAUGAAGAAGCAAACCGGUUUCAGGAGAUUCAGAAAACCUAUGCCGCUUCGUCCGCCAAUGCCACCCGCAGAUUUGACCCCUUUGCCGGAGAUAGGGGCGUCCGAGUUUGCUGACCACUGGUACCAGCUCCUGAAGGACCCCAAGUUCUCGGACGUCACCUUCCUCCUGGGUGACAGACAUCAACUGGACGCCCACAAGAUCCUCUUGUCCUCAGCCUCAAAGUUCUUCGUCCCAAAUCUUACAGUUGCCAUAUACAAGAAAGAUAUCUCGACCAACCAGCUGACAAAGGUCAAGGAGACAUUGGUCAUCACCAGGGAUGACCUAAACUCAGGCAAGGUGGACGGCAUCACCUGUGUGUCCGACACAGACUACAAGACCAAGCCAGGUCACGUGACCAUUCAGCUCAGCGCCGACAUCACGGCCGCCAUAUUUACACACGUGUUGGAGUUCCUGUAUACGGGAACUCCCCGACUGCCGGAUGACGUCAGUGAACAACGCCUGGAAGAUCUCACCAGGGUGGCCGAGAUCUUUAAACUCCCCCAUCUGGUGACAAUUUGCCGCAACGUGUUGAACGGUGAAGCAUUCCUCAACCACAGAAUCACCAUCUUCUUGAACCACGAGACGGCCUCCAACAUGAAGGAGCUGUAUUUCAACCAGCCAGAGGCAGCUGAUGUCGUUUUCGACAUCGGAGGACGCGAGGUGUACGCUCACAAGGUAGUCCUGACGUCUCGGUGUGACGUCAUGGCCGCCAUGUUUGGAGGCGCUUUUAUCGAGGCUCAACAGUCCGGGAGGUGCAAGGUGAACAUUCCUAACACAACCUGUGAGUGUUUCCUGGCGUUACUGGAGUAUCUCUACACGGACCACGCCCCCAUUGAAGGCGGUGAUGCUGUCGGGAUAUUGGUCCUGGUGGAUGAAUACUGUCAGCCUCGCCUCUUGAACAUGUGUGAGUUGUACAUCACCAAGGAAGUUGACCGGAGCUGUACCAAGAACAUCAAGAAGUCCAAAAUCGACGUCAUCGGUCUCCUUCUGACAUCUCAGCUUCACAACGCCUCCCAGCUGUCUAAAUGGUGCCUACACUUCAUCUCAACCAACUAUAUAGCUUUCUCAAAAAGACCAGAGUUCGUGAUGUUGAAAGGAGACAAUAGGGUCCACGUGGAAGAGAACCGAUGGCCGCCAUCGGCCUACCUCCAGGACGUGGAGGAGUAUGAGAAGAUGGUGGCGAAACAAGGACGAAAGUGUUCGGUCAUGUGAACCGGUGUCAUGUAGAGACUCAUCGUUGGAAGUUAAUGCUGAUCGUGUGUAUGAUAUUGGAAGGAUCCCAUCAG